CACUAGCCGGCUUGUGUGUGUGCGGUAGCCCACUAAACACACACACGGCCUUGUAUUAACGAGGAUCAGUCCUCCCUCAGUAGGCGAGGGACCGCGGUGCGCAUGCCCGGCCGCACUGUCCCACGCAAGCGCACUCCCGCCUCGCAAACGAACACCUAGUGCAGACGAACAAGUGAAUAAUCCUCAAAAAAAUAAGUUAACCACAAAACAUGAUAGGACCUUGUUAAAAUCCUAGGGGCCAAAUUAGUGUAAGUGUUUCUGAUGUGCAAGCUAGUGGGCACUUUCGUGUUGCUGCUGCUUCUAUCACUGGAUUCCCGGGAUUGCUCGGCCACUAGUCAAGAUGACAAGAUCACACUCAAUAGCGUGCAACAUUGGGCAGUCAAACUUGGCUCAGAACUUAGUUCUUUCGGCGAAGUUAUUACCAGAAAGAAAAGGGUUCAGGAGAGCUUCAAAUCGGCUCAAAUAGAACCUCGAGAUGGCGAAAAACUUGUGCAAAGUAUGGCCGAUGAUAUCCGUGCAAUGAUGGAACUCAAAGUUAGCGCCGUAAAGCGGAUAGUGGAAGCGGCAGAAAACAUGGCUUUUGACAAACAGAGCGAGCCUGUGCCGGAGGACUACCAGUUUUACAACAGCAAGGAGAUGGACGAGCCAUACGACGAUGUGUCAAUCACUACAACAGCAGAGCCAGAUUUUAAUCUGGAGAACUGGAUUGUGCGACCACCUACAAAAAGUGCUCAUCUACAAUUAAAUGCACACUUUUACAACAUCCCUGUCAAUACCAACUUUAGUAGCGUACAUGUUCCAACGAACGUCUACGCUUGGGCGGAUGACGUUAUCAAGGGAAUCCAUUGGUCUGAGGGGCUGGACACGCAUUUCAUCAAUAACUAUCAAAGUGAUCCCACGCUUUCUUGGCAAUAUUUUGGAAGUUCUACUGGGUUCAUGAGACAUUAUCCAGCAAUGAAAUGGAGAGCUGAUCCAGUCGACAUUUACGACUGUCGCACGAGAGCUUGGUACAUGGAAGCAGCGGCUAGUCCCAAAGAUGUGGUCAUUUUAGUUGACCGUAGUGGUUCGAUGACUGGCCAGCGAAGAGACAUUGCCAAACACGUGGUCACCAACAUAUUGGACACCCUAGGCAAUAAUGAUUUCGUCAACGUUAUGACUUUUGCUGACACUGUUGAAGAAAUAGUUCCAUGCUUUGAAGACUCUUUAGUUCAGGCAACAAUGGGAAAUUUAAGAGAAUUGAAGUUAGGAUUGGACAACUUUGAAACAAUGGAGAUAGCAAACUUUUCUGCAGCCUUAACGAGAGCCUUUGAGCUUUUAGAAAUUUACAGAAAUAAUAGUGGAGGCGCCAACUGUAACCAGGCUAUAAUGCUGGUUACGGAUGGCGUCCCAUACAACUAUAAGGAGCUAUUCGAGAAAUACAACUGGAAAUAUGACACCCCUGUGAGGGUUUUCACGUACCUGAUAGGGCGUGAGGUAAAGGUGGCGGACGUACGGGAAGUGAAAUGGAUGGCGUGCGCGAACCGAGGGUUCUACGUACACCUGAGCACGCUAGCGGAGGUGCGCGAGCGCGUGCUCGAGCACGUCAACGUACUGGCGCGCCCGCUUGUGCUCCAGCGAGAGACGCACCCUGUUGUCUGGACUCCUGUUUAUGCUAAUGUUACGGACCCGAAGGUCGCAGAUUAUUUAUGGGAGCAACGAGAGAGAGCUGAGCAGAAGGAACGAUUUAUGAGCCAACGACGAGAUAAGACUCACUUCAACUCUGAAACGGAACAAAAUCGCAGAUGGAGAAUAACUCAAAUGAAACAGGGCCAGUACAGCGAACUCGGUAACUCUCAAUAUCAACUGAUGACAUCAGUAUCAAUGCCGGUGUACGAUCUUCGACACAACGAGAACAUCACAGAGAAUGUACUGAUAAAUGAAGCUUACUGGGUAUCAGUUACGAAAGAGCAUUCGUACGUCCACAACCAAUCGCAGUCCGUAGAGGAGAACGGCCAAAAGGAGAUGCGUAUAGCUAGAUUGUUAGGAGUGGCGGGGACAGACGUGGCUCUGUCCGAGAUACAAGCAUUGAUGACACCCUACAAGAUUGGAGUGAACGGGUAUGCCUUCAUAGUGACGAAUAACGGGUACAUCUUGAUUCAUCCUGAUUUGAGGCCUGUGUAUCAACAAAUAUUAAAACCAAGUUACAACAGCGUGGAUAUGAUUGAGGUUGAACUUUUUGAUGACGACCGAAGCCCACGAAACUUCAGCAAAGAACUAACAGCGCUUCGCCAAGAAAUUAUAGACCAAAGGACUGGAAACAAGAUCAUGAACGUAAAGUACCAUAUGGACGAUAUGAAAAGAGCAUCCCGAGCUAAAAAGCAUUAUUUCUGGACUGGCAUCAGCGAGUCCCCGUUUACCCUUGUGGUGGCCAUUCCGGAGAACUACGGCCGUCAUAGGAUCACACCACCUCCUAACGACGACAUCCACCGCCUCUCGCUCACCUUCAAGAACAUAUCGGCUCAGCAGUUCCUUUCGGACAAGUGGAGCGUCCAUCCUGACUGGCUGUACUGCCGUCACUACGAACGUUCGUUUUCAUCUCCUGAAGAGGAGCUAUCUUACUUUUUGGAACGAGUAGCGCGGCCGGGCUGGCGCUGGCCCGCCAAGCCUCGGCCUCCUGAACACCACAAGAACAAGGGACACGAGCGACACAACGGAACCUCAGAUGGGCGCGAGCGCACGAAGGCUUCUAACAGUACGCCUCGGAAUGAGUAUUAUUGCGACCACGGACUAAUGCAGGCUUUAGUAUAUGACGCGAUCAACACGGCGUGGUUCAACAAAAGCAUUACGGAAUCUGCAUCCAACGAAACUGCGCUGAAGUUCAUCGAACGAUUCGGAUACAUCGUGGCAUUCAUGGCUACACACAGCGGACUGACCAGGUGGCAGACGCAUCCUGCCAGAGAACAAGAAAACAGCAGCGAUAGCAGAUUCGAGUUCGGAAAGCAAUGGCCACGAGCGAUCGACGAGGUCUGGUACCGGCGGGCGGUCGAGCAGCACUAUGUCGACCCUCUGAGCUACGUAUACAGUGUGGAGAUGAACACAGAGAAGGUCCCCUUGAACGUGAGCGCGGCGGUGGUGACAGCUGCCCACGCGGUGUUCCACGGGGAUGGCCACAGGAAGGCGCCCGCUGCGGUCGUCGGCUACCAGUUCCAGCACGACCGCCUCGCUGAAUGGUUCUUCAAUAUCACAGCUACGUGUGAUAACAACAAAGGAUGCUGCGCAUCAAAUGCAUGGGACUGCUUUUUAGUUGACAGCAAUGGAUGGAUAAUAGUCAGCGAAGACGGCAACCAUACAGGACUGUUUUUCGGCAAGAUACGACCCGAUAUCAUGACACGACUCGUUGAAGAUGAAGUGUACAAGACCAUACACGUAGUGGACUAUCAAGCGGUUUGCUUCAGAGAAAAGAAGACAACUAACCCUGCAGCCACGCUUCUUACGCCGUUGGAAAAUGUACGUCUGGUCCUGGCGUGGUUCCUCGCGACAAGCGUUUGGCUCUACAAUACCAUUACAGUAGGUUUGGCUCAAGGCUCUGUCUACACCUUCGACGACGAGAAUGUUACACCCACUGUGGCGUACCAGAAUUACGAGAACGACGAAGAGACUGACGACCCGUUCCUCACGAAACCACCGACGGCGCGGAUCGAGCGUGACUUCGAGAAGCUGGUACUGAUCAACAGGACGCGACCAACGCCUUGCGACAGGGAGAUGUACCUCUAUCAACUCGACUACUCUAACUUAAACGAGAAGCUUAAUAAGCCCCUGAAAGAGUGUGAACGACCGUUCUACGUGCAGUUAGUGAACUUCACAAACAUGCUGCUUAUAGUGGUUGAUGCCAACUGUCCGAAGGAAGAGGGUUCAGUGUUCUCCGUGGAGCCGACCGAGGUGCUGUACAACGAAACGCUGCCGUGUUUGAAGCACAUACAUCCGCUGUACAGGAAGCAACCGGUUUCCUGCAUCCGCAGUCAUCCCGAGGAGAGCAACAUUGACAUGUGCGGGCGCGCGAGCAUACCUGGCAGAAAUUUGUUCUGGAUCCCCCUGGCAGCAGUCUCCAUAUAUACAUAUUUGUAAAAUCUGAACUUCACUGGAAUUUCCCUAAAUUCAGAUGUCCAAAG